UUCUUCCUGUGUGUUCCUCAGAUCUCUUCGUUUACAUUUCCAAUGGCGUCCUGUGUUGCUCCUCUUUCUCUCUCUGGUGGGUCUCAAUCUCACAAUGUGAAACCAAAUGGAUUGUCUACCACGAAGCUCAGUUCGUUCUGUAAAACCUCUGCAUUGACAAUUCAGAAGAGAUCAAACCGGAUUCACAAGCUUUCGGUUUCUGCAGAGUAUCGGGAAGGGAGUAGGAGAGGAAGCAGUGGCGAUUUCGUAGCUGGUUUUCUUCUAGGAGGCGCCGUGUUUGGCGCCGUGGCGUAUAUCUUUGCUCCACAGAUCAGAAGAUCGAUUAUGAGUGAGGAGGAUGAGUAUGGUUUCAAGAAGCCGCAACAACCAACGUACUACGAUGAAGGUUUAGAGAAAACAAGAGAGACACUGAAUGAGAAAAUCGGACAACUUAAUUCAGCGAUUGACAAUGUUUCUUCGCGUUUAAGAGGCCGAGCAAAGAACAGCUCUUCUUCCAAUGUACCGGUCGAAACUGACCCUGAAGUUGAAGCUACCACUUGAAGAAAUAUAUAUAUUUUUCUUCUUCUCUGUUUUUUCAUUUGUAACCAGAGUUGAAAACAAUUCCAUAAGGUUUGGUUUGGUUUUCUUGUUGCUUUUGUGAUCAGUCCUCUGUAGAACUCUUGCAAAGUGAAUAAUACAGUCUUUUGUCUUUAGUCUUUACUGAA